CAGAGGAGGUGCUUCAGUGUUGGAGACGCAGCCGAGGAGUCUGAAGCUACGAGAGGUUCUCCAGGAUGAAGACGGUUCUGCUGAUGCUGUGUCUUCAUCACAUGUCCUCCUCCUCUUCCUCCUCCUCUUCCUCUGCUGCUCAGGAGUGUCCCUCCACCCAGGACCUGCUGAACUUGCUGCGUCAGGUGGAGAAGGUGCUGGCGGUCCACGAGGCGUCGUACCAGCAGGGCCUUCGCUCCCUCAGGAAGAAGAUGAGCGCCCUGCACAACAGCACCGCGGCCAUUUUCAAGACUGGCGCUUCCUGUCCCAAACCAGAGCCGCCCGCUCACGGACGCAGACUGGGCCGGGUGUUCGGCGUCGGGCACGAGGUCCACUUCAUGUGCCGGCCCGGCUUCGAUCUGAUUGGCCCGCGCACACGCGUGUGUCUGGAGGCUCUGAGGUGGAGCGGCCAGCAGCCCAUGUGCAGACGCUUCAACAGCACGGGGAACUCCCUGGCCUCCUUCUCUCCUGCUGCUCCUUCCUCCUCCCUCCUGGUCUCUGCAGCUCUGUCAGCAUCCCCCUCACCCUCCUCCUCUUCUUCACCUUCUCCUUCCUCCUCUUCAUCGCCCACUUCUUCCUCCCCGUCCUCCUCCGUCCGUCCGUCUCACUGCACUCACUUCCUGGGCUCCACCCGCUGCACCUGUGACGUGGGUUUCACCAUAUCAGGCCUCGACAACAACAUCUGCACAGACAUCGACGAGUGUCGUCUGUUUCCUCCCGGCCGGCUCUGUGUUCAUCAGUGCGUCAACACUCCCGGCAGCUUCCACUGCUUCUGUCCGGCCGGCUACGACCUCUCCAGAGAGGGACGCAGCUGCACAGACAUCAACGAGUGUGAGAACCGGAUGCACGACUGCACAGCGGAGCAGGCGUGUGUGAACACCUUUGGGGGGUUCCAGUGUGUGACGGUGGCGUGUCCUCACAUGAGCAACGCCACCUACAUCAGGACGUCCCCAGCGCGCUGUGAGCGGAACCCGUGCAUGCUGGGAGACAAGGCGUGCACUCAGGCGCCGAACUCCAUCUCCUUCCACUUCCUGUCCGUGGUGUCCAACAUGUCCGCCCCGCGCGUCCUCUUUCGGGUGUCGGCGGCGCGCGUCCUGGGCGAUACGCUGCGCUUCGGCCUGGCCGGCGGGAGGGGGCGGGGCCACUUCAGCGUGCAGCGCUCCGGCCGGCGGACCGGCACCCUCCUCCUGGUGACGCCCAUCCGGGGCCCCGCAACCCUGGAGGCCGAGGUGGAGAUGAGCGAGCUGGAGCGCCACAACCUGCUGGGCCGCUACCUCACCAAGGUCACCCUGUUCGUUUCCCCGUACCAGUUUUAG